AUGGUCUCUCCGGACAACUACACAGUUGGAUGGGUCUGUGCUCUACCCGUUGAGGUUGCUGCGGCCAAAGCACUUCUAGACCAUGUUCAUGGCGAGCUUCCGGCGGAUCUGAGCUCGGAUGAUCCCAACAGCUAUGUGCUGGGAAAUAUCCAGGGCCACAAUAUCGUGCUCGCACACCCGCCAUUCGGCUCCUCCGAAGCCACGUCCACCGCCGCAGUCGAUGCGCAGAUGCGCGCAAGGUUCAAAUCCAUUCGUUUCAGCCUCAUGGUAGGCAUUGGAGGAGGAGCACCAAGUGGGAAGAAUGAUAUUCGCCUUGGUGAUGUUGUCGUGAGCAAGCCGACAUCGACACGGCCUGGCCUGAUGCAGCUCGAUCUUGAGACCAAGCCAGUGGGUGAUCCAGAUACCAGCAAGACAGCGCUGAGAAAGCCAUCGACUUUACUUCUCACUGCUGCUGGCAAGGCCGAGACGAUUGAUAUCCUCGGAGAGAGCAUGAUUUCAUGCUACAUAGCCGAGAUUGCAAACAAGGAUGCGUUUACUUUCACGCGCCCCACGGCGAACAAAAAUGUUUUGUCCGAUUACGAUUGUGAGCGCACAAGUACCGAAUCUGCGGACGGCGGGUGCAAUACUUGCGACACAAAUGAAACCCAGUACGGAUCACCACGGGAGGUGCAAGUCACUAGAAUUCAUUAUGGUCUCGUUGCUUCGACCACCCGGCCGAUGUGCCAUGCCACGACGCGAGACAGCCUAGCUCGUGAGCAUGGUAUCCUUUGUUUCGAGACUGAGGCUUCGGGUCUCAUAGGCACUGACCAAUGUCUCAUAAUCCGGGGUAUUUGCGAUUAUGCUGAUUCUCACCGUUGCAAGCAUUGGCAUGGAUAUGCGGCAGCGGCAUCAGCAGCAUAUGCAAAAGAGAUUCUGUUGCAGAUUACCGAGGCCCCAACGCUGGUGUCUGUGGAAGCCGACAUGCAUGCAGCGGCCGCAACUAUUCUGGAUGCUUUGCUUCUGACUAGACCUGAGGUCGACCGAAGCUCACUCAUUGCGUUGAAAGGGCGGAGGGCGGAAGGAACCUGCGAGUGGCUUAUACAGCACCCAAGCUAUAGAGAAUGGCUUUCAGGCACAGAUCCACCGCUGCUCUGGAUCUCGGGUGGGCCAGGAAAAGGCAAAACUAUGCUGGCAAUCUACAUUACUGAAGCGCUUCAACCAAGCGUCGCCUCCCCAGACUAUGUUUUGCUUUACUACUUCUGCAGUAGCCGCGACAGGAAUCGGAACACGGCGGUAACCAUCAUGAGAGGCAUCAUUCAUCAAUGGCUCACUUUUCAUCCGCAGUUGGUCCAGCAUAUAAAGAACUAUUUUGAAGGGUCUGAAACAACAAAGUAUACCAUUUCAAAUUUUGUUUCACUAUGGAGACUAUUCUUGAUUCUUAUGCAGCAGAGUGCAUCCCGCCAAGUUCUAUGUGUGCUCGAUGGCCUGGAUGAGUGCGAAGGUGACUCUUUAAAGCAGCUUCUGGAUGCCAUGGGUGAAUAUAUUUCGAAUCGUGAGGAAGCGACAUCAGCAAAACUGAAAAUCAUCCUCCUCUCUCGCCCACGACCGCAAAUCUUGGAAAGCAAACUCGGCCAUCAUCGACGGAUCAAACUUGAUGAUGCGGAUGUGGAGAUUGGGCAAGAUGUUGAGAAAUACAUAUUUGCUAAAGUUGCGGAACUUGCGACCGAGCAAUCUCUUUCCGAGGACAUGCUGCUUCAAGUUCGACGGACGUUGAUGGCUGGCGCCGAGGGAACAUUUCUGUGGGUGGGAUUUGUUGCAGAUGAGCUGAAGGGGAAGAGCUGGCACAAAAUCGAGCAAAUUCUUCAAAGAGUUCCUAAAGGCCUUGGAGGCAUUUAUCAGCGGCUGUUACAGCAGAUCGAAGCCAAAGAGAAGCUGGUUCCUGUCCUCCAAUGGAUCGUUCUCGCCGCGCGACCUCUCACCGUUGAUGAGCUGACAGCCGCGACGGGGACCACGGCAUCAAAUGACCUAGCGGCUACCGAGGUGAUGAAGAGCCAGCUAGACUCCUGCGGACUGUUGGUGAAAAUUGAAGGCGAGGUAGUAAAUCUGGUCCAUGAGUCGGCGAAAGAGUUCUUCCAAAGCGAUCAAGUCAAUGUGGAACGGAUCAACAUGUUUUAUAUGAACCACGCCACGCAUCGAAAGCUAAUGCGAGCCUGCCUGAGAAUCAUCGAGGAGAGUUACACGUCUCCUGACGGUGUUAGCGACAAGGCCGUUCGCACUACACUUUUGCCGUAUGCAAGCUUGUACUGGCCGGAACAUUUUCGAAAUGUGCAAGACAUCUCUUCCGAGCUCUCUCGCCCGUUCUUCCACCCCGAAUCUUUAGUCCGGCAGCGGUGGUGGGAGUUCUAUUGGGAUCAGGAACAAUAUGGCGGAGCCCCUCCUUCGUUCACGCUUUUGCACCUGGCUGCUUAUUUUGGAGAUAUAUCCUGGGCGAGAAGCCUGAUUCACCAUCAUGGCUCCGACCGGACGUCCCAUGCAAACCUUGUCUCGAGAAAGGAUAACUAUGGCCGGACGCCCCUUUUUUGGGCCGCUACCCAAGGUCACAAAGACAUGGUAGAGUUAUUGCUGGAUCAUGACGCUCAGGUUAAUUCAAAGGACCGAAGUAAUUUAACAGCGCUCCAUAUCGCAAUCACUAGUGGACACAAGGACAUCGUGUCCGUGCUGCUAGAUCGAUCCGCGUCGAUCGAGGGUAAAGCCAUUUACGGUGAUACGCCGUUAAUUCGAGCUAUCCAGGCCAACUCUGAAGAGAUUAUCGAGAUUCUUCUCCAACACGGCGCACGAGUCGAUGGACUGCCCAACCCACCGGGGUUUCCCGCCCUUAAAGGGCCGAAGGAUCCGUUGGAAGAGCGUGUGAAGCAAUUACUUGGGCUUCAAGAGCAGCUCUUCGUCGCGAGAUACGAGAAUUCGUCCAGAACGGUUAAACUUGGCAUCAGAACCCUAACCCUUUCCUUUUACUUGCCACCUCUUCUCAAAUUAGUGAAGUUGUAUCUGAGGCACUCCUGGGUUGGACGCUGGGAGGUAAUGCAUGUCUUGCAAGACCUUGUCAAGAAUGGUAAGACGGAUAGACUGCGAAGAUGGGCUGAGGCAUUUAUCAAGUUCGGCAUACCUAUAGUUGAGUCACGGAACGCCAAAAACCUGACUGUUAUGACGGCGCUGUCUGUACAGAUAUUCCAAGUAGUCUCUACUGAAGAUCUGAAGGCACUUUUAGUGAUCGGAGUGCUGGUAGGGUCGGCCAUCAUUCUGGCGGCGGCUCAGCGCGAAUGGAGAGAAGGUGUGGAUAUCUCCGCAAGGACGUUUGCACAAUUUGCUUCCUUGGCCUAUCACAGAGACGCGGGGGAAUCACUUCACUACGGGGUUCGUGAGUUCCUAGUCGACUUUGAUCGAUGUAUUUGGAGCGCAAAGAGGCAUGAGAAUGUGGCCCGGACGGUGGUUCUCUUCAGCACGCACUUGGCUGUCCUUGAAACUCAGGACGAGCUCUCAAUCCAGUAUUUUUCAACAGUCAUCGCGGAAUAUUUCGAAAAGUUUAUCGGCGGCGGCUACGAAGAACAACUGUUCAAUGAUGCGAACCGCGCGUGCGCCCAGGAGCUGGCGGCCAUCAGCAAAGACCGCGAUUCGCGCAGACUACUUCUUUUUCUGACUGCCAUCACUCAAUUUGCGAAACGCUCAAGAAACAAGGGAAAGGACCGAUUCCUGAACAUACCUCCCGCAUCAUGCCUGGUCCUCUGUCAGGGUGAACUGGAUGUCCAUCGCUGGCUGAUUGCAGAGGCAGUCCCAGAAACAAUGGGCGAAUUGUUAUCAGAACAAGAACCAGGGCCGAUUCAACAACGGAUCUUUCAAGCGCUUGUUGAGUGCCUGGUUAUUGGAAAGCAAUAUGGCUUGACAAUGCCUGUAACACGGCGCGAGAAGGUGAAGCAGCAUGUCCGCGUCGUGGAUGGAGCAGAUAAAAUGUUGAAGCAAUUCUUCAGAUCAUGA